GUGGGGCUCUUGCUCGUUACACGCUAUAAAUACACGGCCAUUGUCAUAUACUCCUUGAGAAGCUACAUCGUCAAGCAUUUGGAGCAAGUGUGCCUUCUGCCCAGGUGGUCACUCCUGCCCAACGGUAAACGCUGUAGUGACACUGCUUUCGUCGCAAGCACCGCCCCUUUGCCACAGCAUUUCAAGCAGGGCUGCAAAACCAUAACAAGGUUUGAAGUGGACGCGACGAUUGGUGUCCCGGUCAUGACGGCAGUGGCCGCUCUCGUGUUCCUUUUGGCCUUGGCCUCACGUGCCGCGGCCUUCGACGUGGAGACAGUCACUAGUCUGGGCAUUGUUGGCGGAAGCCGUUUCGACGUGCUGGACCGUACAUUGGAGGUGUAUCGCGGGAUUCCGUACGCGCAACCACCGCUGGGACCGCUACGCUUUCGUCCACCGGAACCUCUGCAAAGUUGGGAGGGCAUAGUGGACGCCACGAACAGGAAGAUUGGCUGCGCACAAACCCUCUUUAAUGAGGUCCUGACAACCGGCGUGGAGUUGACCGAGGACUGCCUACACCUGAACAUAUGGGCCCCUGCGGAACGCGGUCAGCUGCCUGUUCCUGUUCUCGUUUCUUUUCACGGUGGCGGCUUUUCGUACGGCUCGGCCAACACCGAUGUUUUCGACGGCGCCGCCUUGGCCGCCAAGACUGGAUUGGUCGUCGUCGCCCCUAACUACAGGCUCGACAUUCUGGGGUUCCUGGACGCAAACUCCACAGAGGCACCCGGGAACGUGGGGCUGAUGGACCAGAACAUGGCCCUGAAGUGGGUACGGGAUCACAUCCACCACUUCGGGGGUGACCCUUCGCAAGUGACCAUCUUCGGCAUCAGCGCGGGAGGCAUGAGCGCCCAUUCUCACGUGCUUUCGCCGAUGAGCAGGGGCCUCUACAAAAGGGCUUGCCUGAUGAGCGGCACGCUGAACAGUCCAGAUUUUGUCGAGCAUGUAAACGACAGCAUAAGCAAAGGCAACAUUGUGGCACGGGUCGUCGGCUGCGCCGAUGAUACCACCACGUUGGCCUCAAAUCCGGAAUCGGUGGUGGCGUGCCUGCGAACCAAAACUACCAACGAACUCUUGCAGGCCGCAGCCGAAAGCUUCAAGACCAAGAUAUUCACAUUUCUCCCGACAUACCCGAACCAAUUCAUGCCCAAAGAACCUGCUGUAGCAGUGAAAGAAGGAUCGUUCAACCAGGCCGAUCUUAUUGUCGGAGUGACCACGGACGAAGGAGCGGUGGCACUGCUGUACCCUCCCAGGCAGGAACUGUGGGGGGAGAUGAUCGAAGUUAUGGACGACGAGUUCUUGAACAAAUCUCUGCGCGAGAUUACCUUCACCUGGUUGAAAGGAAACUCCACGUACAACCUCGAAGCUUACACGGCCGAGGCGCGAGACAAAAUUUCCCUGAGACGCGCAUACGUAGAUUUCAUAUCAGACCGGACCUUUGUCUGCCCGAUGCACUACACGGCCGAGGGUCAUUCUGAAGGCGGCCAACCUGUGCACUCCCUCGUCUUUUCGUACCGGUCAGCAAAGAGUCCCUUGCCAGCGUGGAUGGGCGCUCCACACGGAGAAGACGUCAGCUACCUAUACGGGGCUCCGCUCGUUCAUCCGGAAAAAUACGACGCCCGGGACGCCUCCAUGUCCGAGGCAUUAAUGAAUGUGCUGUCGACGUUUGCACGUACAGGGAUGCCUCAGCUACCGGAGGAGAAGCUGUGGCCGACGUACACCAAGCAUAACCCAAUUUCCGUGCUAUUCGACAAAGACAAUAUUGCUGUCGUCACUGGUUUCCGCAGACAGUUUUGCGAUGCGUGGAGGACAAAUGAGUAAUCUUUUUGAAUGUGCUUCAUGAUUAAUCAUCAGCGUAUUAAUUAUUUUUCCCACUGGGGCCAAACAAGACAUCAGUGUUGGUUGACAAAUCGUGCCUCGUGCACACAUAUAAAGUAAAACAACUUAUGUUCGUCUUCAACUAAGGCAAAAAUAAUUUUUUAUAUUAUUAAGGUGACUGUGACCAUAUAUAGUAUGGUAAUCUUCAUGAAGAGUGUACUUCGUAUUCUGGAGCGUCACCGACGUUGCGACCAAACUCAUCAACGCCCCUGGCCCGGCCUGAGCCUAGGCCUCAAUCCGCUGAUUUGUUCAAUAAAAUUGUUUCACUGACUCA